AUGUCAGGCCAUCGGGAGCAAAUGAGCAGCGGCGGCUUUGACGGCAGCUCCAGCUUACUCCAGGGUCGGCGUUUCUAUUGCCGGAAAUGGGCCCUGGAGAAGCUGCGGCACUGCCUGGACACCCGCUCUGUGCCGGGACACCCACCAGGGCUGCUGGUGAUGGGGGGCCCUGGCGCUGGAAAGACUGCCCUCUGCACUGAGGUGGUGUGGCCCACCUCGAAGGCAGGGCUGGCGGCAGGCCUGGCACCCCGCUGCCUGGCAUCCCACUUCUGCCAAAGGGAGGACCAGAGGAGCACGGUGCUGUGGAAGUUUGUCCUGGGCUUGGUGGAGCAGCUGAGGGCCUCACCUCUCCUCUCGCCUGGGUACAGAAAGGUCCUCGACAGCCCAUCUGUAUCUUCUGCUCUGGAGCCCGUCAACUGUCAGAAAGACCCUGAUGACACGUUGAAGAGAGCGGUGUUGAGACCCCUGUUAGACCUCCCUCCCCCUGCCCAGACUCUGAUGCUGGUGGUAGACUCCCUGGAUGUAGGAUAUGGACCGGAUACAGGAAGUGGGAAUAGUGGCUCCAUCGCAGAGCUGCUGGCCACCAAUCAACACCUGCUGCCUGGUUGGCUGCUGCUGGUCUGCUCCGUCCGCCGCCACAACAAGGCUCUGUGCAAGAUCUUCUCAGGUUUCCGUAAGAUUUGUCUUGAUGAUCUUCGGAAGCCCCCCCCAGUCCACGAUGUGCAGCAGUACAUCCUCUUCCGGUUGGACGAAGAUGCAGCGCUUCGCCGUCAGCUCACCCCUGACACAGCUGACAUGCUGAAUUUACUUCACAUCAAGAGCGGCGGUUGCUUUCUCUUCCUCGAACGUGUUCUGGACGGUGUUUCAGUCGCACUGGUGGGUCUGCGAGAGAUCCGCGACAUCCCUGGGACUCUCAAUGGCCUCUAUCUGUGGUUGUGCCAAAGGCUGUUUCCCCGGGGGCUUUUCAUGUACGUCAAGCCUCUCCUUAAUGUGCUCUUAGCUUCCCCGAGGCCCCUCACACCCCAGCAGCUGUUCACAGCAGUUUGGACUCAUGACACCUCACUCAGCCUCCAGGAUUUUCAGAACAAGCUCAAAACUCUCUCUCCUCUCUUAAUUGAUGGCCCUGGAGGGACAAAACUACUUUUUCAUGCCAGCUUUGCUGAGUGGCUGACAGAUGUGAAGUAUUGCACACAGAAAUACCUGUGUAGCAGGACAGAAGGUCACAGUAUGCACGCUAUGGCUUUGACUCUGCAGGGAAAACACUUGGACAUUGAGGACACUUGCCAGCUAGCCACACAUUUAGUUUGCUCUGGUCACCAUAAAGACAACCCUUCAAUGUUGGCACUGUGGAUGAUAUGGGCCGGUGUGCCUGCUCUUACUCCGAGCUACAGCAGCGCCCUCACCGCAUUCUCACGUCAGCCUCCUGUUUUGGUCAGUCAGGAAGUCCUGCAGCUGUUAAUGAGGACUGGGCUCAUCUCUACUGCCUGCUUUUCAGAUGCACAGCCAAGUGUUGGAGUACAAUGUAUAGGUGAAGACGAAACUACUUUACGACAACCUUUUAAAAGAGAGGUGUCUGUAAAAAAGCUGAUAGACAGUGGGGUGUCGAUAAACCAAUUAUGUUCUACAGAUGGACAGACAUUUCUUGCCAGUGCAGCCCAUGAGGGCUCUGUAGAUGUAGUUGAACUUCUCCUGAAACAUGGAUCUGAUCCACUGAUCAGGGAUCAUCAAGGUCAGACACCACUAAAUUUGACUUCCAGGCAGGGUCAUGUCAAAGUGUUGACUGUGCUCCUGGAAUGGGCCAAGAGACAGCAUCCAGAAACUGCAGCACAGAUGAUGGAGCAUGUGGACAACGAAGGCUGGACAGCCCUGCGCUCUGCAGCUUGGGGAGGACAUAGCGAGGCUGUUCGCCUUCUUCUAGAUGCAGGAGCUGAUGUGGAUGGAUGUGAUGGGGAAGCCCGGACUGCACUCAGAGCUGCUGCAUGGGGCGGUCAUGAGGAAAUUGUUCUGACCCUGUUGGACUAUGGGGCACAGGUUGACAAAGCUGACGGCAAGGGCCGCACACCGCUUAUUGCAGCUGCCUAUAUGGGACAUCAUGAAGCUGUGGAGAUAUUGCUGGACCGCAAAGCAGAGGUUGACUUAGCUGAUGGAGAUGGGCGAACUGCUCUUUCAGUCGCUGCCCUCUGUGUCCCGACCGCAGCAGGGAUAAAAAGUUAUGGUGAGGUAGCAAGUCUGUUACUGGAACGGGGAGCUGAUCCAGGACACAGAGACCAUGAUGGCAUGACACCACUGCUUCUUGCAGCCUAUGAGGGCCAUGAAGAGGUAGUUGAACUUUUAUUAGAAGCUGGAGCCGAUGUAGAUGAGACUGCCGGUCCUGAUGGCAAUGUCCCUGCUGCAGCCGCUGUUACUCCCCUACUGGCAGCUGCAGCGAUGGGCCACAUGAAAACAGUAUCUCGUCUGCUUUUUUGGGGAGCAGCUGUGGAUGCCAUUGAUUGUGAAGGCAGGACGGCACUCUGCCUAGCAGCAGCAAGAGGCAGCACUGAGGUUGUCCGUGCACUGCUGGACCGAGGACUUGACGAGAACCAUAAGGAUGACCUCGGCUGGACUCCACUGCACGCUGCCGCUUGUGAAGGCCAUCGGGCUGUUUGUGCUGCUUUGACAGAGCGAGGCAGCAUGGCACGUGUAGGAGAGAUGGACAUUGAAGGACGUACCCCUCUUAUACUAGCUGCACAAGAAGGUCACUUGGGCACUGUGAGACUGUUGUUGGACAGGCGUUCUCCCAUUGACCACAGGGCCUAUGAUGGACAUUCUGCCUUGAGUGCCACCCUCCUGGAGGGUCAUGCUGAGGUGGCAGAGCUGCUUAUGAGGCGAGGGGCUGAUACAGAUGUCCGGGAUGCAGAGGGCAGGCCGCUGCUCUACCUACUGGUCCUAGAGGGUCGCCUUGAGAUGGCUACUCUGCUAAUGGAGAAAGGAGGGGUGCCACUAGAGUCCCGAGACUCUGAGGGUCGUACAGCACUUCAUGUGGCUUCCUGGCAGGGAUGUGUAGAGAUGGUAGACUUACUUCUAAAGCAUGGGUCAAACCCUAAUGCACAGGACACAGAAGGGAGACCUCCAAUGCAUUCAGUGGCUUGGACAGGACAUGCUGAAGUCGGAUGCCAUCUCUUAGACGCCAGGUGUGUCAACAUUGACCUUUCCUGCAACCAGGGGGCAACAUCUCUGAGCAUUGCAGCCCAAGAGGGACAUUAUAAUAUUGUUGCAAUGCUUCUGGAAAGGGCUGCAAAUCCCAAUCACAUGGACAAAUAUGGCCGGAGUCCAGUCAAAGUGGCUGGGAAACAUGGGCACUCUAACAUUGUCAGGCUUUUGGAGCGCUAUGGAGCCAAGCCAUACCUAGGCCCGUCGCUUAACUCUAGUACCACCUCCCCUGCAAAAAUCAACAGGAUCCUCUCCUCAGGAAUCUCUGAGUGUAAUGGAGGUGAAGUCACAGCUGCUACCUCCUCCUCUUCCGUAUCUUCUCCUGCCUCCACUGCAGAACGAUUCCAUUCCAUGCAGAGUUCCCAAACUUCAUCUACCUGCCAUUCAUUGUCCACAGUGCAGACGGUGCCAGCUGACAGCCUCAGCUUUAUUCAACAGAUCCAGCAACACUCCCUGCCUCGCAGUCGUAGCCGUCACUCCACCCUCCCUCCACCAGGCAGCCUCCAAGGAAGCAUCCAGAGACAUCCAAAAGGCAGUCCUCCUCCCACUGUUUGCACAGUUACUGCCAUGGUGCACAACUGCAAAUUUCCCCAGAAAGGCUUGUCGCCUGGACUUGAAUAUCAUGACAAAAUGAGCAAACAAAAUUCUCACAUAAUAAAUACAGACCGGACUUCUUACGCUGGUGGUAAAUGGAAUUCAGUCAUGGCUUCCCUUGGGAUAAUGCCAGGGCAAGACAAUCCUGCCAUAGGUGCUAAAAACAGAGGAAGCCCUCCUCUGGGCUACCCAUUUAAAUUGCAGAGCCCACUUCAAGGAGAAGCUUGGGAUUCUGUACCCCAGAAAAACAUUUUGUCUCCUGCUUGCUACAGUUUCACUCCAGUCUUAUCCUGUAGUGCCUUGCCAGAGGAUGUUAUGGUUACAAUGACUACCACGGACCCACAGCUUAAUCUGAAACAGGCCAUCAAAUUGCAGUUUGAAGGUCCCACCAGUGCAGCCUUAUACAAAAGAGAGACACCCCUGUAACUGGUGCUAAACUAAGAGACUCAAAUUCCCUAUUGGUUUGGAUGAAUGCUGAAAGUUUAUUGAUGGUACAUUUUGUAAUUGAGACUCUUUUGUCAAACAAAAUUGCCAAAUAGUG